AUGACAUGGGCCGGCGACGGCUCUUCGCGCAGUAUGGCUCAGCACGCCCUUGCCCUGGUGAUUCGCGACUUCUUGGGUAGUGACUGUGCAUUGGGUGCCCACAGUGACGGUGACGGUGACGGCGACGGCGACGGCGGAAUCCAGUGCUACGCCCAGGACCCAAUCUACACGCCCGUCGAUGAGCAAGUUCUAUGCGAAGCUGGCUUUACCGUUGUCCAUGAUCCGGGAGCCUUCCUCGAAGUCGACGAAGCGAGUGUCGUUAUGGCUAUCAGCGCUGACAUUCCAAUUAGGCAGAUCAUAGCAGAUAUCGCGCGACCAGCGAUAAUGAUCCUAGAUAAGGUUGUUCCUUCAAAUCGAAACACCGUGUGGGCCGACCCCGUUUCGCCGCGUGUGGAACAGAUGAUGAAAGAAUUCAUUGAGUUGGCGUUCCCAGCCGACGACGAGACCUUCAGCGAUUUGUCUGUCUAUAUCCGAAAGGUGUGGACGACAAAGAAGAGACUGUGCAGGCACUAG